AUAUAUAAAAGGCACAUGCUAACCGAGCCACAAGAGACGCACUCAGCUGUUUCUUCACGCGAGUCAGUGUCCACAGUGAACGGGAUGAGAGAAGGUGCGAUUCUCUUUUUCUUCUCCCUUUUGCUGUCUUCUCUCCUUUGUUCGGAGGCGAAGAACAGCAGAGAGAAAUCGAUCCCACCCGUUGUACUAAUCCCUGGAGAUGGCGGAUCACAGAUAGAAGCAAAGUUGGACAAGCCAUCAGUAAUCCACUACAUUUGCUCAAAGAAGACUGACGGAUGGUUCGACCUAUGGCUGAAUAUGGAGCUUCUUGUUCCAUAUGUUAUAGACUGUUGGGUGGACAAUAUGAAGCUGGUAUAUGACAAUGCAACACGUACAACUACUAAUGCACCAGGAGUUACAACCAGAAUACCUGGAUUUGGCAACUCGACUACAGUUGAAUGGUUAGACCCCAGUCACCGAUCUCCUACCGGGUACUUCAAAGACAUUGUGAAUGCUCUUGUCCCACUAGGAUAUGAAAGAGGGGUGUCUGUGCGAGGUGCCCCCUUCGACUUCCGCAGGGCCCCAAAUGAGCAUGGUGAAUACUUCCGUGACCUCCGCAGGCUAAUCGAGGAAACUUACCAGAGCUUAGGGAGGAAGGUGAUUCUCAUCCUGCACAGCAUGGGUGCUCCAAUGAUGCACUACUUCCUGAACCAACAGGAACAGCAUUGGAAAGACAAGCACAUAGAAACUGUAGUGUCCCUGGCUGGUGCAUGGGGAGGCUCCAUCAAAGCUGUCAAAGUUUAUACAGCUGGGGAUAAUCUGGGUAUCUAUGUCAUUAGCUCAUUGAAAGUAAGAGCCGAGCAGAGAUCGGCUCCCAGCCUUGCCUUCCUCCUGCCCUCCUCCGAUCUCUGGGGCCCUGAUGACGUCCUGGUUGAGACGCCCACGAAAAACUACUCGACUGCAAACUUCCAAGAUCUCUUUACCACCCUGAACUUGCCUGAUGCCUACGAGAUGUACCUGGACACCAAGGACUUAUUGAAAAACCCACCAGCGCCUGGUGUUGAGGUUCACUGCCUGCACGGGGAGGGAGUUGAAACGGUCGAAAAAUUAGUCUAUGCUGCUGGUAAAUUUCCAGACACCCCAAAAGUUGUGUAUGGUGGAGGAGAUGGAACAGUCAACCUAAGAAGUGCAAGGCGUUGUUUAGAAUGGGUUGGCAAACAGAAGCAGAAGGUUUACCACAAGCCCUACCAAGGUAUUGACCACAUGCAGAUCCUGCGUGACCCUGACGUCAUAAGUUAUGUGGUGGAGUUAGUUCAGAACAUAACAAAGAAAAACAUGAGACUGUCACAGAGAAAGGCAGAGAAUCUGUUUCGACUAGAGAAGAAUAGGAAGGACAAGGAAAAACAACGCAUUUUCAAAACAAAAGCUAAUGAUAUUGUCAUGCCAAGGAAAUGGUUUGAUGCCAUAUAUGCCAACAAAGAGGAAUAUAUGGAACAGCAAAGUAAUUCCAGGGUAAAUAACCAACAUCCUAACAGCAUACAAGCAUUACUAAAUGAGGAUUACACAGAGACGGAAUCGUGACGGAGGCCUACAGUGUACUAAUGUAAUUAUUCUGUCCCCUGACGAAUCUUUCCACACAUGUAAGAAAGAUAGCAAAAUCUUAGUCACUAGAUUAAGCUUUAUUCCAGUGGUUUAUAAUAAUGAGUUUAUUCAUUACAAUCUACUUUGGCACAAAUGACUUAGCAUGAUUAUUAUAUCCCAGUUGCCUUUUCCUAAUGAGGUCUUUCUUUUUUAUGAAUCUAGUGAGUUAUCAGAGACCAGAUUUUAGUUUCAAAUGCACAAAUAACAAAAAGAAGUGUUCAUAUACUUAAGGAAUGAAAAUAUGAUUAGUUUAUAAGAUAUCAGUUUUUAUAGUGGAAAUUUUAUUCUGGUAGAUAUCUGCUUCAUUAAGGAGAAGGUAUGCUGCUUGUGUAUUACACUGUAUGUAGUCUUGCUCAAAAAUGUGUUAGCAUAGAGAUUGUAUGAGUUAAGUUAUGUAUGAAAACUAGAGUGGUAAUAUUCAUGUGGCUUCUUUGUAAGCUUGAAUUUUAUGAUAUGGUGCCCUACCUCUAUCUGUGAAUAUGUAAUGCACAGAAGGAAUAUUUUAAUUUUAUAUGACUUAUUUUUGUGUGAAAUUUAUUUAUCAGUUUCUCAUUAGCAGUUAUUUUAAUUUUCCAAUUUCUUAUUAGAAGUAUGAAGUUCAUUCAGAAAUGAAACGUGUAUUGAGGCUUCAAUACGGAAUGUGUACAAGUACCUGAUAUAGCUGAGAAUAUGAUUAUGAUGAUAACAUACCUAAAAUUUACAUCUCAAGAUUGAUAUUAGGAUAAAGAAAACAUCUAAUAUUGCAUUUGAUAAACAGCACUGUCACUGCAUAUACUAAGGAAUGUGGAACAUCUCAGUUAUCAGGCAAAUCAGAUAUAAGGUUUGUGUUUGGAAUUGUGAUAUUAACUAUAAUGAAGAAGAAAUCUCCAUUUUCAUUGGAAGAAAUAUUCAUGAAUUAGAAGUGCAGUUUCCAUGAGGAGAGUGGAAAUAGGUUUUAGGUAAUGACAAAGGAAAAUGAAAACAAAUAUUGUUAACAUCUUUGAAGAUAUAUCAGUGACCCUCUUUCCUGUAGUGCAUCAUAUCAUGUUGCAUUGUCAUGAGAGUAUGUACUGUAUAAGAUUGUAACUGUUAACAAGAAUAAAGAAACUUAAUUUUUUCCAUUUACCUGACAGGUUUACUGAGAAAAAGUCAGUAGAUCCCAGGGUAUGUCGGUGUCGUAAAGGUAAUUUCAUGCAUGAGAAGUAAAGGGAACAAGUCAGGCCUUACUCUUUGUAAAUGGAAAAGUCUAAACAGAAGAACAAAUGUGAAACUAUAAUGUUGUUUCAUUCCUUGAUAGAUGUUGCAUGUUACUCUUGUAUAAUCACAAUUUAAUCAGUUAUAUUGCAAUCACUCUUGUAGCAGUAAGACGUGUAAGAUUCAUAAGUUCCUCUUUCGGAAAUCAUCGAAACUUGAUGAAAGAAUCACUUUCUUCAAGCUGUUGUCUGAUGAGUGUUUACUCAUAAUUGACUUUAAUUGAUAUACUUUAUGAUAUCAGAACUGACUGCUAAAACAGCAUUCAGGUAUAUUUGAACUAUGUGUAUGAAUUAGUUGUAUGUUUAAUAUUCUUUGUGUAUUUAUGAAAUGACAAGUUACUAUUGUAGAUAGAAUAUAAAGGAGAAGUUAUUGCAAUGAAAGCAUUGCAUAAGAUUAAUGUUUAUUAUUUGAUUAUAUAAGAAUUUAAUUGAAAGCUAAAACCUUUUAUGCUAAGAACUACCUUAUUAAUAUUACUUUCAAACUGAAAAUGGCAUUAAAGAAAUUAUGCACAAUAAAAUUCAUGAUACAAUCUAUUGAAUUUCCAUAAAGAAAUCUCAGUUCCUUUAUACAGUAGUAUUUUAAGUGUAUCGUAUCCUAAAGUUGUAAAAUAUUAGUGAGUAGUGAAAAAUUAUUUUUAAUUUUUUCUGUUGUAGUUUGUAAAAGCAGUAAUAGCUUUUUCUGGAGAGAUCUAUAUAUAAUAAAUAUGUAUAUGUAUUAAGCAAUUUCAAAA